UAGACAAUAAUAUCAACUUCUAAUAAAUAGAAGGGGGCAAAUGUAAAUAGCAAAUUGGCGGGAAUAGCCGUUAGGGACGGUUACCGAGUUUCAUACAUUAGUUGUAAUUGCAUUCAUUCAUUCAAUAAACUCAUAAAUCAUCUCUAUUCCUCUGAACUCUGAUAAAUAAUUCUCUCAUUUUUCCUGAAAAUGUCCUCUCCAUCGAUUGAAUCUUCACCGAUUUCACCAAAUAAAAGUGACGAUGGAUCUGGGAAAUCUGUAUACGCUCAGCCUAAUUCAUAUGAGGUUAUUGAUGGAGUGCUGAGAAUGCUUCCAAACAGCUCUAUCAUUCCAAAUUAUGAAUCUGUGGAAAAUGAAGAAGUGAUGUGGGAUAGUGACGAGCUAGUGAGGAAUAACAGAGAACUGCUGAGGAAUAACGGGGAACUGCUGAUGAUUAGUGGAGAAUUGCUUGGUAAUAAUGGUGAAAUGACGAGGAAUGAACUGUUGAGGAGGAAUGAAGAACUCUUGAGGAGGAAUGAAGAACUGUUGAGGAAGAAUGAACAACUCUUGAGGUUCAUUGAAGUGACAAAGCUGUCUGAAGAAGAAGAAGAAGGAGCGAGAAAGCUGUCUGAAGAAGAAGAAGAGGAAGCGAGAAAGCUGUCUGAAGAAGAAGAAGAGGAAGCGAGAAAGCUGUCUGAAGAAGAAGAAGAAGAAGCGAGAAAGCUGUCUGAAGAAGAGGAAGCGAGAAAGCUGUCUGAAGAAGAAAAAGCGAGAAAGCUGUCUGAAGAAGAAGAAAAAGCGAGAAAGCUGUCUGAAGAAGAAGAGGAAGCGAGAAAGCUGUCUGAAGAAGAAGAGGAAGCGAGAAAGCUGUCUGAAGAAGAAGAGGAAGCGAGAAAGCUGUCUGAAGAAGAGGAGGAAGCGAGAAAGCUUUAG